AUGGAGACAGCACGUAGUGAAGUAAACGCAGCACGGAGAAACGCCAGUCACUUUGCAGCGACACCUGCGACUCUCAGCGCUGCUGCUGCCUCUCGUUCAGAUGGCGGGUGCAGUCGGCGUCCACGUGGGGCGGCGCAGCAGACGCCGCGGCGUCGUGAUGAAUGUAAAAGGGAAACAAGAUUGGGAGAGCAGAGCGAGGAGGGGUGUGGGGGACGGACACGUGCAGGGAGAGCCGUAUUUAUGGCGGACAUAAAGACGGGGGCGGCGCAUAUGGGCCCGUCGCGCCGGAAUAACUGUCAACGGCGGCGUACUUCCUGGCCGGCGCUGCCGCCACCGCUGUAUUUCAUCGCGACGCCGGGGGCGGCGCCGGCCCGCGCGCAAGAUGCCGCGACACUUCGCCGCGCAAGUGCCCGACCAACCGUCCUCUUCUCGCUGCGUGCGCUGUCUCGAGGCGGAGACGGCCUGGAGCCCAGUUCGGGCUUGUGGCAUAAACAGAGUUGUAAAACUGUUAAUUUUAAACAUCCUGUCGGUGGGCUUAUAACACUGAGGGACCAAGCACGCAGAACUGUUUGCACUGCAGCUGUAAGCACGGUGUACAAACGACAGCCCUACAUCCUAGGUCCUGGUUCGGACCUGUACGUUGGCAGCAGAUGUGUGAUCGUCGUCUUUCUGAGGCCCCUUGAUUUCUCGGGAAUUCGUUCCUCCAUCUAUGUUUUUGUAGGCACUUUAGGAUCACUACUGCCCACCCUGAGUGGAGAAGGCCCAUGUGCUGAACAUCUUGUGAAUGAUUAUCAGCUACCUCCAACUCCUGUCAGCGAAAGAAUUAUGUCUCUCCGAAUCCCGCUGUCUGGAGGUAAAUUUAUUACCCGCAUCACUCCAUAUGAUCCCACUUUGGAUGCUGAUGGAGACAUUAAAGAUCGGUUCUAUAACCUGCUGAGCACAACCAUCAAGAAAGUACCACCUCCAGCCGGCCGCGGUGGCCGCAGCUGUAGUGGCAGCACCAAGAGCCCUGUGCUGCUGGGAUACGUGUACCCGUGCGCGGCUGCGGUGUGGAGGCCGCGCCGCUGCGACUGCAGGCUGGCGCGCGCCGCGCCCUAUCCCGCGCCCUCGCAGCCUUUCUACCAUCUGCGGGCCGCCUCCGCCGCCGCCGCCGCCCCCGCAGCAGCAGCAGCAGCAGCAGCCGCCGCCCCCGCAGCUGCCGCCGUCGCGACCACAGUAGCCACAGCAGCAGCGGCCGGACAGCCGCAGCCGGUGCCCACGUGCGCCCGCUGCCGGGCCCACGACCCGCAGGCCGCGGCCCCCGCCGCCCCCGCCGCUCCCGCCAUCCCGGCUGCCGCCCCGGAGGACAUUGUGGCCACCGCGACGCCGACGCCCAUGUUGUUCGUGCCGUUCUCGGUGCCUAGCUUCGCGCCGCCGCCGCCCCUAGCGGGCACGGUGGCUGCCGCCACGGCCGCCACCGCCGCCUCCAACAGCCCGUCUGCUGCAGCCGCCGGAGGAGCCGCCGCCGCCGCCGCUGCUGCCGCCGCCGCAGCCGCCGCCGCCGCCGCGUCCGCCCCCGGCAAGGUAACCACGUGGCCGCCAUGUGCUCCGCCGGUGCGCGCGCCACUCGGGCACUUGUUUACCGAUGCCACGUCUGAGGCGCUGCCGCAUGUUGCCCCCAGCGACAGACGAAUGUAG